AUGGACGGGACGGAGGAUGAUGUAGUGUUUGAUUAUGAAUUGUUAGAUGAGAAUAAAAAUGAUGGAAAUUCUGAAGUAAUGAAUUUCACUAGUAUUGACGGUGAAGAAUAUGAAGAAGUCGGAGGCAAAGGAGGGUACAAAUCACGGGGGGGUAUAUAUGCCGGAGGGACACCGUAA